CAUGCUGCAGAUGCUGCCGAUUAAAAUGACCUUUUGGACGGAGAUAAGAACUAGGACAACAGGCAAUUUCGACGACGUUUAUCAGGAUCGUACGCGCCAAUGAGGUCAAAUAAUAUUCAGAGCCGCUCCGAAUUCCGCGUAGCAUAAGCGCACUUGCGACAUUGCACGAUGCUUAGUUGCUUUCAGAUGAUUUCUAGUUUCGCUUCCAUCUCAUAAUUACUGCAUGCCCCGAUCAAAUCCUUCACACGUUUCUUAUAGCUCUGCAGCGAGCGUGAGCUUCAGAGUUCAUUCUCUUCAACAAGCUAGCAUCACCUUUCAAAGCUAUGACGAUGAAUGUCCUGGAGAAAUUCUCGCCCUGCGAACUAACCUUUCGAGAUGGCCUUCUGCCUUGAGAGUGUGUACGCACUUUGACGAGAUAGAGCAAGUUGCCAUAAGCACAGCCGGUGGAGACUCUACACAAAUAUGCUCAGCCGUUGCUAGAGCUAGACAAAUCACAGAUCGAUCCUUAGACCGCUGUUCACUUCAACAUGAGCGCGUUUGGAUGCGCUCUGUAAAUGAGAGAGUGCUACAUGAUCUAAUUCAUGCUGUAUCAUCUGAUGAGCUUUCAAGCACCGAAGAUUACCUGUGGACCGAGGGGAGGCAUCUCAUGGGCCCAAAUGCAGAGAGUCUACAUGAUCCAAAGCCAGAUUUUGCCUUUGGCCUUGCAGCAGUCAUCGAGCACAAAACUGGUUAUAACAAUACGGAUUGCCUAGAUUGGGACUUAAUGAACCUUAUGAAGCUCUCUUCUUCUUAUAGGAUUACUUUCAGUCCCUCCCAAAUGCAAGACAUCAUCUACCCUGCGUUCGUUUAUGAGGCAAAGUCGGACAAAAAUCCCAUCGUGUGGGCAGAGAACCAAGUAGCUGUAGGCGCGGCCCGAGCAUUAGGGUUGCUGGACGAGCUUGCAGAGUUAUCGGGAAAGCCAUACAUACCGUGUAUUGUGGCUGCAACCUCGGCUGGUGCUCAGUGGCAGUUUCAUCUUGCUUAUCGCACCGGCGAUUCUCGUAUCAAGUUUCUACUACCUAUGCUCGAUAAACCACUUUGGAUCCGCAAUCACAUGGAGCGAGUUAUGUUGUUGACCGUCAUAACACGCAUCAAGAGAUGGAUAAUGGAGAAUUUUCAGCAUGACGUGAAAGAGCGACUUACCGCUCUGCGCUCCGACCUGUAGAACAGAUCAUCGGAUGGGCACUGGAAGAAGAUGCAUUGAUUCUUCGUGCGCUAGCAUGAUCUCUCUUCCUGAAUCAUAUAGGAUUUGUGGACAAUAGGGCCCUCAC